AUGGAUUCAGAAACUAUUCUCCCUCCAGAACCAAUUAUUCCCAAAAUUCAAAUCUUCGAGUCACCAGGACCAACCACUAAUUAUGUCGCGAAAAGAAAUAAAAUGAAAAAAAACUUUAGACAUAAACAAAGAUCUGGGCUUUAUACCGAGGAUUCAGUCAGUGAUGGAUAUUCCACUGACGAUGGAUCUCUCGUCUCUCCGAGGGUUUUAAAAAAGACUAAUGUGAAGAAAGAAGGAUUUGACGAUUUUAUAAAGAGGCGCCGUAACGAGUUAGAAAGACAAAGAUCUUCCAUUUCGUUAUACACUUCUCCGGUUCUCGUCAUGACUUAUUUUAUAGCAUAUAUAAUUCAGCAAGGGAAAUCAACUUUUGAAUACGUACAAUCGAGAAAAUGGGUUUUAUCAUCUAUACCAGCAUUGGGUAUACUAAUUCAAUUCGCAUUGUUAGUCGAAGGAUCCCAUCAGGAGAUGAUAUACCAUGCUCAAGCAUCAAUUUUUUGGUAUUGCUACUGGAUUGGAUUGGGAAUUGCGUCAUCGAUAGGUCUCGGAACUGGCUUGCACACAUUUUUAUUAUUUCUAGGACCUCAUAUUGCAGAAGUAACAUGGGUGGCCUAUAAGUGUGGAAACCUAAACUUUGAAACCCAUGAAACAACCGUUACCAUCUCACUUAUGAGUAUUUUUCAUAAAGUUCUAUGGGAAUCUUUCUUUUGGGGUUUAGGUACAGCAUUAGGCGAACUACCACCAUAUUUUGUCGCUAGGGCUGCUGCUCUAUCGGGGAGCCGAGGUGAAGAGUUAAAACAUAUCGAUGCCUUAUUGGAGCAGUCUCCAGAAAGUAUAUCCUACAAAGAACGGAUUCUAAUAUUUAUCCAUAGGUUAAUGAAAAGACUUGGGUUUUUCGGAAUAUUCCUAUUUGCUUCAAUUCCAAAUCCGUUAUUUGAUUUAGCGGGUGUCAUCUGCGGUCAAUUUUUGGUUCCAUUUUCAACAUUUUUUGGUGCAACAUUUCUUGGUAAAGCAGUGGUUAAAUCUUCUAUUCAGACCAUAUUUGUAAUAUUAUUGUUCUCACAAGAUACAAUCGAUACGCUUCUCGAUCUUACGCAUCGAUACAUCCCUUAUUUAUAUGAUAUACUUCAAGUCACUGUUCAACGGCAAACAAAAAUGUUAAAGGGAGGAGAGAUGGAUAUUUCAGAUCUUGUACCAGGAAGCCCAAGUUAUAUAUCGAUUAUUUGGAAUACACUUUUUAAUUUAAUGCUAGCUUACUUUGCUCUUUCAAUUAUUGAAACCUUUGCUGUCUCAUACCUUAAAAGAGUGCAUGAUCAAGAAAUUGAAGCUUUAGAGCAAAAAGCAAAAGAAAAAGCUAGUAAUGACGGGGAAGACAAUUCACUGAAUUUAUCCCAAAUGUCAAAAAGUAUGAUUGAAACUGAACAAAAAUGUGAACGGGACUUGGGCAGGGGAUAUUCAAGUGAUUAG